UACGUCCAAACACCAAUAAACUAACAUGUCUCUCUUGUUUUCGAUCCAACCAAUAUUAAUUAUAUAUGUGUCAUGAGUACUUAAAUCUUUUCCUAAGAUCAUGAUUACUUUAUAAACAAAUUUUUGCUCAAGAAAUUAAUCCGACAAAGAUCACAUAAAUAUGGCGGAUAAAGCAAGUAAAGCUAUGAGCUUAUUGAAGCUAGCAGAAGAAAGGGCAAUAUUGAAGAAAAAAACCGAUGAAGAGAAACGAAAAGAAAAGCUAGAUUCGAUACCUUAUAUCUCGAAAGAUUGUGUUUUUGAUAUUCUAAUUCGAUUACCUCUUGAAUCCCUUCAGCACUCUAGAUUCGUUUGUAAGCCAUGGUAUAACAUUAUUAAAAGUCCUAGGUUCAUUCGUGACAAUCUUCAAAGGGCCGAGAAGGUCGUGAUCUUCUUAAGCCCUUUGAAUAAUUAUUUACGCGGUCGUUGGGCUGAUCAAGAUUCUGUUUUCCAUGAAAACGCUAAUACGUUUUCAGUGGAAUCAAAGAUUUUUGACUUAAGAUCGGUCCAUGGACUUCAUCGUCUUCUAAUUGACCCAUCAUCAAAGUAUGUCAUAAGAUAUAUGACCUUUGUGGAUGGGAAAAGCGUCUUAGGUGAUUUUAACGCGACUUGUUUAGGCCAAAUUAGAGCAAGUUGCGAUGGUCUAAUAGUGGUUGAUAACAUGUUGAAAAAGGGUGAGUUGUUGAUAAUGAAUCCUGUCACUCGCGAACUAAGUUUGCUUCCCUUAGGCACGAUAUAUCCCCAACACGAUGAAUCAUUUGGCCUCGUGUAUUCUGGUACACAAGGCUAUAAACUCGUCCACUUGUUUAGGGACGAGUUUGGAUUCAUUGGAUGUGAGGUUUUAAAUAUUGGGGAAAAGUCAUGGAGGGAUAUUGAUGGGCCAGCUUUUGGGCUUAUAAAAUGGUUUGGGUCUGAGCCGGUUUUUGCACUUGGUGCAUUACAUUGGGUUCCAGAAAUCGACCAUAGUGAAUACAUAGUCACAAUGACUAUCGACGAUGAGAAGUUUCACAAGAUCAUGCUUCCUAAAAGUUGUAGAUUCAAUGAUCGAAUAAUGGUGGUAUCUCAAUGUCUUUGUUUUGUAACACAUGAAGAAUUGAACGAAAUAAGCAUAUGGAUUAUGGAAAGUCUUUCGGAAGAAAUAUGGACAAAGAAAUAUACCAUCGCGACCGGGUGCAUAAGAGAUUUGAUCCCUCUUUAUUUUGCAAGAUUAAAAUGGGAGAUAUAUUUUAUGGAUAAAGAUUGUUCGCUUUUUGCUUUUGAUUUUGAACGCGAACGUAUGACAAAAAUCACAACGAAAAGAGGAAAUUUUCUGCUCCUUGGAACUUCAUAUUUAGUUCAUGUCAAUAGCCUUGUUUCAUGGAAGACUAAGCACGAUGGUAUCGACCCGUAGCGUAGUACUUGUGUCGACGUAUUGAUUAUGUUAUUCGAUCUCGACAUGUCCUAUUUGCCUUUGGAUGUCUACUCAGCUAGGGUCACCAAAAUAUUCAAUCCUCUUGUAAACAUAAACAUGUAUGAUAUAUAUGUGACAGUGAGAAUGGUAUGUAUGUGUGUUUGAAAGAUUCUAUGUACUACUUUUUAUAAAUGUAAUAAGCUGUUAAUGAUAA